CUCUCGAGCGACCACACAUACAGCGCCAGGCUUGCUCUCGGCUCAGCAUUCCGAACGGCCAUACUACGCACUCGUUCGGACACUUUUCUUUGAUUCUCUUUCCUCUGUUCGCCUUGGCCACGGCCUCCACUUACAUCUCACACGAGUCGUUCCCUUCCCUUUUCGUUCAGUUCUCUCGAUCCAUCGACACCGCGGCGCAAUGUUGAAGUCGACGCUGUCGGCUUUGUGGCUGGCCACGCUUUCUUGGGGGCGGAUUCAGGCGGAGGAUUCGGGAGAUAAUGUCAAGAGCAUAGGGCUGCGAACACACACUCUCGUCCAGCCAUACCUGGACUCUGACAUGCAAAGUCGGUGGUACGACUUUGGGGGCGACACAAUCAUCCGCACCGAUCAGUACAUCCGCCUGACCUCGGACCACCCUUCACAAAACGGAUGGCUCUUUUCCAGGGUGCCAUUGACGGCGACGAACUGGGAGAUUGAGGUUGAAUUCAGGAUUCACGGCAAGAACCAGCUGUAUGGCGACGGCUUCGCCAUGUGGCUCACGAAGGAGCGCGGGAAAGUCGGCCCCGUAUUUGGCAGCGCCGACAAGUUCGAGGGUCUGGGCAUCUUCUUUGACACGUACAAGAACAACCGUCCCGGCGUCGUCUUCCCCUACGUCAUGGCCAUGGUCGGCGACGGCAAGACCUCGUACGACAAGGACACGGACGGCAAGGACACCGAGUUUGCCGGUUGCUCGGCCAGGGGCAUCCGGCACGCCAGCGUCCCGACCAAGUUCCGCUUGACCUACUUCCAGGACAAGUUUCUCAAGCUGGAGUUGCAGUACAAGUCCGAGGGCGAGUGGACGCUGUGCUUCGAGACAAACCAGCCGCCCGCGAUUCCCCAGGUGGCCUACCUUGGCUUCAGCGCCGAGACGGGGGAGCUGAGCGAUAACCACGACAUCAUCUCGAUCAAUGCCAAAAACCUGUACACGGCACAGCCGACCGGGCGGCCGACUCCCGGCAGUGGCAGAGGCAAGAAGUCUGGGUCCAAAGAAGGCGGCAGCUGGACCUGGUUCUUCAUGAAGAUUAUCUUCUUCUUCCUCGUCGUCGGCGGCGGCUAUGUUGGAUUCACUGCCUGGAGAGCGAACAACAAGCGAAGCCACCGAUUCUGAGGUGGGGACCGGACGGGCUUGAAGAAAGGAUAUUUGAUGACGAUCAACGGCCAGAAAAACUCAAAAGAUACCUUGAUUUCCGCUGUUCUGCAUGGGGAUAGGGAAUCCGGGUUUACGUUACCAUCCGCUCGCAUAAAGUCACUUGUUCUGUAUCAACGUUAUUCCAGGCUCUCGGAUGAAGGUGCAUCACACAGCGGUUUCUUUUCUGAUCGCAAUCGACCGCGAUGGCAACCCCUUGUGCGAAACGUGUGCGCAAGGCAAGGGACUGAAGGUCAGCUUGCUGCACAGUCAUCACGCCUUCAGCCAAACUUUGGCGCUGACUUGAGACAUUCAACUCGAUCUAGAACACCGCCUGGUCUGGUGCCAUGUUAUUAGUAUCAUGUUUCUUUUGAUCGACCAUUAUCGUACUCUUGCUCUGCGUCAUGGACGGGAGGCGCUCCCGACUACCCCCAGCUGCCUCGU